UGCCCAGGUGGAUUUGGGGCCGCUUUGCUUCGGUUUUUGACCCCUGUCGCUGCGGUACUAGCCGGCUCUGCCGCAGAGCCGCUCCGGUGCGCUCGAGGCUUCCUGAGCCGGCACAGCCCAGGGGUGUGGGGCCGAGCCGGGCCGAGCCAGGGGAGUGCCGCUGGGGCAUCAUGCCUGCCACCUUCGCCGCGAGGCGCCUGGGGCUCCUGCUGCCGCCGCUGCUGCUCUGCAUCAGUUUCUCGGGCGGGAACCCCGCAGAUCCAGUUAUGACAACACAAGAUACCAAUCAGUCUCAGGCGAACUCCUUGACUAAGAUGCAAGCUGGACUUAAUGAAUCAUCUGGUUCAGAUCUUACCACACAAGAUCUCAAGCAGCCAAGCAAGGAGCACCAGUCUAAUGGCUCUUUUGUGCAGUCCGAGAUACUCCUACCUGGUCCUCAUGGUACUUUGCUGGAAAGAAGUAUCAGUUUGGCCAAUGCAACUACAGUUGAACUGUCAUGUAAAUUAGAUCCAAAUUCUCGUUUGAAAAGUCCUCAAGUGAUUUGGAAAAGGGGAAAUGAAACAAUCAGUCACACCACUAAAACUGAGAACAGCUGGAGCAUCAAAUUGGUGAUUGUGGAUAGCAGUAAGAUGGGAAGUUACAGUUGUAUUCUGAAAGGUGCAGAAGAAAUCAGUGCUACAUUUCAUUUACACGUACCGAAAAUUGAAGCAAGAGAGAAACUAAUCACUUAUGAAAGAGAUACAGCUGUAAUGGUUUGUAAAGCUGACUCUACUCCCAUGGCUUGGACCUGGUAUAUGAUGAGUGGAAGUAAGCCGGUUGUCAUUAAUGAAUCUUUGAGGACAGACAAGUACCUGACUGACAGACUCUCUGCCAAUGUAACCCGUCUGAGGGUACUCAAGCUCACCAAGGAAGAUGCUGGUGUAUAUUGGUGUGAAGCUGCUUUCAAGUUAGGGAAAAGUGAAAAGAAGAUGAAACUUACUGUUUUGUCCAUCAUGGCACCUCUCAAACCCUUUGUAGCAAUUGUGGCUGAAGUUGUUAUUUUGGUAACUACCAUUAUCCUUUAUGAGUUGUAUUCGAAAAGGAGAGGAAAAUGUACAGGUGAAAAAGUAUGUGACCAAACUGAGCAACUUAAAUCAGGCGAAGGGCAGUAGUGCUAGCCACAGAAGAAUUUAAUCCAGUUCCUGAAAAGGAGACUUAAGCCAACAGAAGUGGAAAUCAUCACAAAGAAGAUGUAUGUGGCUAUGCAUUUUAAACAUUCGCUGUGUUUCUAAGUAAAGUCCUCUAUGUUUAUGAGAAAAAAGAUGCUGUGAAACUGCUCAUGUUUUAGAGAUGAUAAUUUGAUGUAUUGCAUUUAUACUUUUGCUGUCUGUAACAUUGUUUGUCUUUUUACUACUAGAAGUUUUCUGCGAUUAGGUUUUCUGUUAGAGUGACUGAUCUGUUGGAUUUUAUGCCUUAAACUGGAACUAACCUUGUAUUCACUGAAUGAAUGGUUAAUAUAAGAAUGUGCUUUAUAAAGCUGGACAUGUAAGAUCAAAAAAGUAUUUCCACCAAAGAAAAUUCCUUUUACUAGCUGAUGAAGAAAAUGUGACACAGCCAUUUUUACCAAAGAAAUGGUGAGAGGGAAAUCUUUAUUAUAAUUUAUAUGAAACAUUAACAGUUUUGCAAUUUGCUCUGAACAGUAAAAUGUCUUCUUUUGUAGCCACAUUCUGACUGCUACUAUACUGUACUUCAUAAUAGGCUGCACACUUAAAUACAGAUCAGAUAUUUGAGUACACAAAAGAAGUAACGGGGAUACAGUACCUUCUCAGACUAUGACUGCAAUAAUUUCUUACGCUUGCACUAUCUGGGGCUGAAAACCAUUUUUGUGAUUGUAAUUUAUACAGAACACUGAAUUUUAGUGAAUUUACUUAUAUGGUUCUGAUUAAACAUCCUGCCAGGUUGGUACUUCUUUCAGCAAACUGUAUUGUUCUUUAAACUCCUUGCAAAGCACAGAGAGGGUCUUGAGCAGCUAAAAUUUUCAGGAUAGUAGAAUAAAGCAACAUGAAUACCACAAGUUCUCUUACACAAAACUUCUCCCACUGCUGUUAAUGACUUAUGGUAUUGCUUUAGAAGAGUGAGUUGCCAUAAUACCAUUUAGUUACAUUAUGCAUCCAGCAAUUGAAAAGUAUUCAGCUAAUAGGAAAACAGUUUGCUGCUUUAGUUGAUUUUGCUUGUUAAUACAGAAGAAAAAUAAGUAAAACUUGAAUUUUGAUGAGGGAAAAGUAAAACCUUCAGGAAAAUUUCUUUUCUCAAUGAAAACAUAAGGAAAAAACAGGCAGCAUUUGUAGACUCCCUAGGAAAGUGAAAGGAAAAAAAAACAUUUGAAUAGCAUUUCUUUGUAUUGGUCAUUUUUCCUUGAACAUAAAGGAACAGAAGAGAUAAAAUGGAUUUAAUUUCCUUCCUUUAUGUUCUUUAUGUUUUUUUUCACGCAUUUGAAAAAAAGCUUAGCACUGACUGUUUUGUUGCAGAUGGGAGACAAAAUCCAGUCUGGUCUAUGUGAUUUUGCUUUUCAUAUUUAAUUUUUCAGCUUUUAAGAACUACAAGUUAAAGUUGAAAUAAACCACAAUGAGAAGUAUAUAAGCAUGAGAUGAUUGUAAGAAAUGAAAACUGGUAAAGAUUUCCCUUGAUUAGACACUGUGUUUUUUGUAUUUUGCUUCAGAGUUUCUUUGCACUAUAAAAAUGAGAAUGCAUUUACAGUUUUUUAUAUGAAUUUGUCAUUGAUACAGUGGCAUUUUUGUUGCAGCAAGUAAAUGUUUCCAGUUUUAAAAGGUUGACUUCUGUAUACUGUUUGACAUGUUUUGGGUUUGUAGAAAGUUGUUUCUUACAGGAAGUUCAGUAGUAAAAAAGUUAAUCUUACAGAUCCAAGAGUUAGAUUCUGAAUAAAACAGCACUAAUACAUUUUGCAAUUGAAAAUGAGACUCAAUACUGUCUGGAAAAAAGCCCAUCUCUUAAUCAAAAAUGGUAAGAACAUCUUUCUGCCCUCACUUAGCAUUCCUACCUGAUCUUGAAAUUCCAGUAUGAAGUCUUGAUUAACAUAGGCAAGUCACAUGAAUAGAUGGGGUUUUGGUAUUAGCAAGUAAGGCUGCACUGAAGGCAGGGAGACCUCACCUUAAGCGUGGACUUCAGAAGCAUCACAUCAUAGAUCUAUCAGGAUUGAUACUAGUUUGGUCAAAUUGGCUACUGAACUAGUAGUUCUGUCUUGACCUGCCUCUAUCAUGUUCUGCUUGCCAUGCCUGCCAGGGGUUUGGUGUUUACUUUUAGAUUUACAAGUAGUUUUUUUCAUCUUGGUGAGUAGUUUUAUUCCAUGUAUGUUUGCCUAGGUUUAAACUUUCUUGGGUUGUCCUACAGAUGAAAAUUAAGAAAUAAUACUAAAUGAGAAAUAUUAAAUAGUUGGCAUAAUUAAUGGUGAAAUUCAAAGACAUAAACCCUACUCAUUUUGGUCCAGAAAUCCCAGGGACCCCUGGAAGUCUUGAAAUAUAUCUUUUGAGAAAUCUGUAUGAUAUACAUUAAAAACAUUCUUUUUAUGAUCAGUUUUAUUUUGCAGACAUAGCCUUCAGUGGAACAAAAAUUUGGCAGCUUAAAAAGACCCCAAAACUCUGGGCAAUGAUUUUCUUUUUUUACUUCCGUCAAGCCAAGUGAUACCAAAUGAGGGCCAAAACAAUUCUGGAGAUAUUUCCUUCAAAAGCAGUUAGAGCUAAGUGUAAGGAUCCACAAAACUAGUUUUAAUAACAAACAUUAAUAAUUGACUUAUGUAGAUAGACUGAGUAACUAUUACAUUUGUUUGGCAGAUCUUGUCUUCCAAGAUCAAAUGCUUUCUUGUAAGAGGGGAUAUCUUAGGGCUUUCCAUAACAACAAAAAACCUUAUCCAUUACUUAGAGGAAAAGCUUGAAGUCUGCAAAAGAAUCCUGAAGGUCUGUUUCCUAUUGCUUCAGCCUGCUUCUCUGCAAAUUCCUCGUCCUUAAAUCUAAAGUAGACCCAAGCAGCUGCAAGACCAAAUUCCUAGUGAAGAUGGACAAAUAUUACAAGAGUUUUCAAACUGUGGGUUCACAUAGAACUGUAUGAAUAUUUCUUUAGUAUGGAGACCUUAAAAUUACUGUGCAGUGAGUCAACAUAAUUGAUCAGCUGUAGGUCAUUUGACACGUGCAGUCCUGGCAGAGAGAGGGGAAAAUCUGUCAUAAUUGAUGUUGCUACUGAAAUCAGCAUCCAUGUGCCUCUAACUCUUCUUUUCAGCCAAAGCAAAUGAGGGUUGUAUUCUACCUUCAAAUUUGUAACUUUCAAUGACUACUGAGUAAGGAAGAUUAAACUGACGGGUGUUUUCAGUGUAGGGGAAUUUGAGUUGAGUGGUAUCCUAAAUAUUGAGCUACCCAGCACAUGUAGGCUGACCACAGCUAGCCACAUCAUGAUUCAGUUCAAGUAUGAAGCUUCCCAAAAAUAGGAAAGUGAAAAUAGUGAGGAAGAAAGUGGUUGAGAAGGGUGUAGAGACAUGGAAGGGAGCUGUGUAGGAGCAUUAUAUAGGGGCUCUGAGGGACAGACUGCAGUAGCUGAGAUGACUUGCAAUUAUACAGCUAUAGGAAAGACCAAGUGCAAAUCUGUAAGAGAAAACUUCUUUCAGCUGUGCCACUCAGUGUUUGUUUAGGAAGUUCUGUACAGCAACUGAAAGCAACCUGCCAUUGCUGAGCACUUGGACAUGUGAAAACACAAAGCCAAAUUGAGAUGUCUUUGUAAGAGCAUUAUAAGUUAUAUGCUUACCAAAUAUUUCUCCAGUGGUUUAAAGCAGUUAUUCAGUCUUGUUACUUCAUUAUGCCAGAACAUUUUUAUAUAAGUCUUUAUGAAAGAAUAACCCAAGUUCUGAACAUUACAGUUUGUUACUGAAAGUGUUGAUUUGUCAAAAUUACUGUUGGUAACUGAGUUCACGUUUGUAGUUGCUUGUUCUGUCAUAGCCAAAAGUAUUUUCUUCCGUAGAGAAACUUCAUCUGAUUUAUUUUUGUAUUCAGCCUUACAUUUAACCAAAGAAAGAUUUCUGUUCUUUUUUAUUAUGAGUGUAAUAUUUCUGUCAACUGCCUUGCUGAAUUAUUUUCAAAUUGACAUUAAAAGUUACGUAACAGUGCCUUGAAGGAAGAAAUUUUUUUCACUGUAGUUAAUUUUGUUUUUCUCUUGUGCAACAUGUUUGUUAAAAGUCUACUCUGAAACUUGACAGCAAAAUCUAUUUUUCUAGUGAACGAUUACUAAGCCUAAUGCUUUUUUAACACUUGCCAUAUUUUAGAUUCUGAUUUUAUAUUCUCCGCUCACUUAACUGUUUUACCUGUAUUGUUUAAGCAAAUGGAAAUAGCCUCUGUAUGUUUGAUGUAUAUUAGAUAAUGAAGACAGUAGUUACGAGUAGUGUGAAUUGAUAAUACUGUACUUAGAAAUAUUUUCAAUAAAUUUAAUCAUA